UGACAACGCAUCUUCAGGUUGAAUUGAAUUUUAGCAAACUACCUUGUCUUAGCAGUGAGCCAUUUGUCCUUGUUAUCCCUGAUUGCUUUACAACUGAGUAGAAUUUUAUCGUCUUUUGUUCUAUCUUGUAUCAAAAGAUGAAUUGUUGAUACUGAAGAACGUAAAAGUUGGACAACAAGUUGAAUCCGAAGAAAGCAACAACAUGGCACUCCGCGUUCGAGGAGUCGAAGGGCUUUCGUUGGAGUUGCCCGGCUACUGACCAACUUGUAACCUUACGACGUGGAGGACCAUCCGCGACAGAGCACAAGACGAUUAGAAACCACGACACCUGAACUUAUAGCACAGAACGUCAGAAAAGUAAAAGCCGCGGAAGCUACUUCGUUAGUUAGUACCAGUACCUACACGCAGUACCUACACGCAGUACCUACACGCAGUACCUACACGCAGUACCUACACCUCGCGAGUGCCAGUACCUGCACGCAGCACCGGCACGCAGCAGUAACAGCUUCAGGGAGCCUUUGGCGUUACUUCGUUCUCUAUCCCGAUCUUCUCUAUCCCGAUCUUACGUGACCACUCAUCUUGGUCUAUGCCGUCUGCACUGGGACCUUCGUCGUCUUAUCACUUAAGGCUUUAUUUUUUUUUUAGAGGAAUCUAUCGUUCUUAGGCUAUAUUUGACGAGGGCCACUAGUACUACUGCUAACUUAAACUUAUUCUUCAUUUUUUAGAUUCAGAGUUGCAGCCCCUAUCUAUUCUAACUCCCCCAGCCACCUCGUCAACCAGCAUGAUGAAGAACGGGGAUGGCGUCCGCAAAGAGUUGCUGGACGUCCUGUCUGAGGUCAAGACGAGGGUCCAGGACACUCUGGGAACAGUGGACUUCCCUAUGCCGCAGUUCAUUUUGAUAUUAAGGCUAUCAUGUGACUAGUACUUGGAAUGCUAGUAGUACUUUUGAAUUUGUUUGUUUCAGAGUUGGUUGGCACAUGGAACUAGUACUUGUACUAAGGCAACAUAAUUUCACACACAGUUGGUUGAUCUCUACAGGAUAUUUCAAUGAUGAGAGUGAUUCAUUUUUACAGUCCAAUGGAGACAUUUUUUUUUCGGUAUUCGUAUUUACCGCAAUAGGUGGAUUUUGAGAAAGCGAAGCUCCUCUAAGCUCAGGAAAGCAAAGUGUCGGGAAAAGUCGGAUCAUCGAGACGCUGGCGGUAUUCUAUCUUAUCGAUUUACUUGUGAUCGUGUCCUUUUCAUCUCGAGUAGACUCGGCACCUACAUCAAUCAGGGAACGUGAAUCAGCCAAUGAGUAUGAUCAUGUUCACUUAUGACAUUCGUGAUCGUACUAGAAUUUCGAAAACAAAACGCAGGGUGAGACGUUUAAUUUCGUGUCCGGAACACUGGGGAGCAGGAGGCCAACGGUACUGGAGUUUAGAAAUGUCCCUCAUUCUAGGGAAAGCAAGUGGAGUGUCCUGUCACGAGGCACCAACCGAUGGGAGGAAUAUCCAGCGGCGAAAGUGAUGGAGAUAUUAAGGGUACACCUUUAAGGUGCUUUUCUUACCGCUUUUUAUGCCUCUCUAAAUGUAGAGCUGAGAAAGGCAUAACAAGCGGGGGAACCCGCGAGCACCAAAAAGCACCUACCUCUAAAGAUACUUGGAGAAGCACACGAGUCCUUGGGAACGUCGAUCUCGGACCAGCCAGUCAACGUGCGACUAGAAUCCGCAAGUUGUGUCGAUAUGCAGAUAGUCGAUUUGCCUGGUUUCCGCGAAUUUGCCUUGGACGAAGACAAGCAAAGAUUGGCAGAUGCGAUUGAAAGUAUACUUUUGAUUAGACUUGCUCUUGUACUUAGGUUGAACUAUGAGUACUCGAGACGAUUACGUGUGCUGGCUCUUGUACUUUUUAUGUUGAACUAUUUUGAGUACUUAGGCGAGACGUCAUCAAGUACGAGUUAUUUUUGUCUUUCAACGAAAACAAAAACGAACUUUUUUGUGGGAAGCUACAAAAGACUCACGACCUUCCUUAUCACUCGCUGUUAGAUUAUCCUCAAACUUGCUUCUCGACUACAGAACUGGUCACCCGUUUUAUGGAGGAUAAACGGAAUGUAAUGUUGUGCGUCGAGCAAGCGGGAGAUGCGGCGAAUCUGGGGACUUUAAACAAGUGCAAAAAAAUUGAUCCCAAUUUCGAAAGAACGAUUCUGAUACGGAAUAAAUUGGACAAGUAUAUUAAUUAUUCCAUUUUUAGAGUGUAGUUCUGAUAUGGAGAAAACUGGACGUCAAGUGCAUUUUUAUUGUAACCUCAGGUGAUGAGUCUGGGUAAAUUGUUUCUCAUGACGGAUAGUAGGUGUACUCUUUUUUGUGGGGUGGAGUCAGAGUCUUGCGAAAGGGUUCAUUACUCAAUAUCUCUCAAGUGGUUUGAUUGAUUUUUAAAAUUUACUUAAAUGACAUUAAAUGACAUGAACAAUUUUGAUCCAAACUCGAACUCCACCAACUAAUCUACUUAUGAAUACCAGGUAUUACCGAGACUUGACCGCUGAGAAUAUUAACGAUUGGUUAGAGGGCUUCGGCGAUUUGCCUAGGAAUUUAGAAAAAUUUGCGCUUACAUGUCCUCACUGGCAAGAAGGCCUAGAACAGCCUCCGGAAGGGUUCGCUAAAUUGAGGACCAAAAUGAACGACGACGAUGUCAACAUGAUCAACGGUUUAGGCGCCAGCGACAAGCUCAAAAUGACGGUGGGCUAUGCGCAAUUUGCUAAGGUAUCUAUGACAUGUAAAAGAGUCAUUAUCAUGCUGAUUCUGUUUGGAGUUGCGUAAAAAAACAUUUUCCACCGUGACAAAAGAAACCGAAAUCAGAUUUUUCAUUUGGAAAUUUUGGCGCCAUUAGAUACCUGCUGCUUUGAUGCCGAUAGAUAUAAUUCGCUGUGGUAGUUGUUUAUCUCCAGUCACCAGAUUCAUUCUGCUCUCCUCUUCCAGGAGUUCGAUGUACUCAGAUCAUCAGAUCAUGUUCCACCUCAUUUUUAAUGUCGUGUAAUAAAAUGGAAAAGUUGUCGUAGUAAUCCUGAUACGUUGUGCAGGAUUCUUUCACAACCUAACCUGUUGUAGUAGUCCUUUAGAACAAGUCUACUACCUCUCAACAUCAUCUCCUCUACACCUCUCUUCAACAUCCUCAUGAACUACUCCCGUUCUUAGGCGAUGGAAGACCGUAUCGAGGAGAUGUUUGCGGAUGCUAUAGGCCCCGUCCUCAAAAAGUUGAGGGAGAUGCGGGAUGAAGUCCAAGACAGAAAAAGCAGCAUGGAGGAAGAAAUCACACAUACAAAUCCGUCGCAGAUUUUGAAUACUAUGGCAUUGAAUGUCUGCGGUGGUCUCAGGCUUAAAUUCAAAAAAAUGAGUUAAAGUGUUUUUUGAAUUCUCAUCUAAUUCCAGCGUCCGAGAAGCAGGCAUAGUUGACGGACUGUGGCGGGGUGUGCCCAGCCCUCUGCGCUGAGCCUCUUGCAUUGCACUGCCGGGAGGAGGCCCGGCCUGUCUGCAUGCGUGCCGCAGAUGGAGCACGGCCCCGCACGAAGGCCGGAGCAGGUAGCGCGGGGCGGCGGCCUCUGGGUCGCGCGGGGGCGGUUCCUGCCAAACGGCCCUCAACUAUGCUUAAAUUGCAAUAUAUUAGAUUCAAAAAAAUGAGUUAAAGGUGAUACCUGUUUUUUUGAAAUUAAAAUCUAAUUCCAGCGUCCGAGAAGCAGGCAUGAGUUUUGGUCAUGCUUUAAAUCACGUGAUGGAAGGUUACGUUCGAUCGGACAACUCGCGGAUCACCCUAGAGGACGAACUGAGACAGUUCCAUGCAGCACAUAAGGGAACUGGUAAUCUUUUUCUACUUAUUCGAAAUAACUUACUCAAACUACUAUCCUUACUUUUUCUUCCUAGUUAGCUUGGCUCCACCCAUCUUGUUCGAAAUAACUGAAAAUAAUAUGAAUGUCCGAUUCGAAAUAACUGAAGGUCAACUUACUCAAACUACUAUAAUCCUUACUACUAUCCUUACUUUUUCUUCCUAGUUAGCUUGGCUCCACCCAUCUUAUUCGAAAUAACUGAAAAUAUGAAUGUCCGAUUUACAGACUGAAGUAAGAGAGUCACUACGUUGUUCGCCCUCUUUCAGAUGCUCGAUUGUUCUAAGGAGUUACUUGCUUGUUUCAGUUUAUCGAUUGAUUGCUUUAUCCGCUAAGUAAUGCUGUUGUUUUGAUUAAGGCUACCGCUGACGCAUCCUCAUACCUUGGCUUUUUUUUCAAGGGGAAAAAGGCCUCAGUGAAGAUGGACUCGGGGACGCGACGUGGUAGCUCUACUAGUUAGGAAGCCCCUCGUGUAUCGUCAUAAUAUGCGCUGUGUCUUUGCGUACUCAUGUUGCAGUAGGCAAUUUGCGUUCCUCUCUUCAGCCGUGGAGUUCGCGUUACUACCGACAGACGACUUCCAGUCCUUAGACGACUACAUUGUGUGCCUCAGGGAAGAAAUGAAAGUGCCAGCGAUUAAGGCUGUAAAGGGGUCACCACAAUUGAAUUCAUCUUCGCAAGCAGUAUUUCAUAGUUUUUCCUGGUCAUUUUCCUAGCGUGUCUCCACAAUACUAAGUACAACAGAUGAAAGUGAGGUGCACGGGCAAAGGGUCGUGUAAAUGCAUCUGUAAAGUGUACUACAUUUAGAAAACAAUUAUUAGGAGUAGUUUUACCAUCUCUAACGCUCUGGACAUCGAAGUGAACGGUGGCGCACAGUUUCGCCGGCUCAUGUUUGAGGUUGAGGUUUUCUGCAGAUUUGCGGAAAUCUGCGUGGAGACGAAAAAGAAGGACGUGAUUCUUAUGGCAAGAUGAAAGAAGGUUUAGUUUCUUAUAUUUAUCUAGCGAGGCCCUUCUUUGGUUUUGUAUGGAUUGAUGUGCUGUAGUUUCUCUUCGGUGAUCUCUCUCUCCCUCUCUCUCUUUCUCUCUCUCUCUCUCUCUCUCUCUCUCUCUCUCUCUUUCUCUGCCCUUUCUUCCUGCUACCGCAUUAAUGUAAACCAAUGUCAAGUACUUUGUUUCUCCUUUCUUCCUGCUACGGCAUUAAUGUCAAGUACUUUGUUUCUCCUUUCUUCCUGCUACCGCAUUAAUGUAAACCAAUGCUAUGUACUUUAUUUCUCCCUCUUCAUUUCCCAAGCUCGCGGAGUAGCCAUGCAGAGCCUGACGUGGAGGGACGUUGUCGUUAAAUUGCUGAGCAACGAAGCGCAUCUGCCAAUGAAAAGACGAGUACUUAUGAGAUAAGUGGGUACUAGGAACAGUACUAUCAGGUACUAGAAAAGACACGACCAACAUUUUCUAUUUUGUUCUUGUUGUCCCACCAGCCGGAGGAGAUGAAGUCACAUAGGUCAAACAUGACCAAAGCAAACGGAAUCAACUAGGCGGUCUGUCUAAUCUAUGGUAUCAUGUGGGUGAAGCAAACAAGUGAAACAACUGCAACUAUGUCAUCUAAUCUACGUUACGUGGGUGAACGUAUCAAGUGGUUUUUCCAGACGCAGAAGGACGUGAUAGUGGAUUUCAUGAAGAGCUUGAAGGGAUCGGCAGAUGAGCACAUGUACUCCACCCUCUACUCGAAGACGGUAGCGAUCAUACAGAUUAUGGCGGAAGAUUAGACAGAGGAUGCAAGUCAAAGGAGUUCUUGCUGUUGUAUAUUCUGUAUAGAAAACAUCAUCAUCAUUACCACGACUGAGUGCGCGGAGAUACUAUAUUCUCCUGUAUAGAAAAGAACAUCGUCAGAUAUUUUGAGAGUCCUCCCGAUGAUCGAUCCCAAGAGCUAUACCAUCAUCGUCCGAAAUUAGUUUGUCUUUUCAUAGAAAACAACGAAAUGGUGAAAAAUUUGGUCUAUGAGACGUUUGAUAAAGCGGUGGACAGGCAGCUCCAGCAGUUUAUUUUAAGGCAACCAAAGAGUAUCUUUGAAAUACUGUCAGACCUCGUGUCUCCGGUCAUCAUGAACGACGAAAACAGGGGCUAAAGCAUGCAUCCGCAGCGCCAUCCUUGGCUAUUUUAUUCCUCAAGGGAGACAAAUGACGCCCAUGAUAGGAAGAUGCAGUCACAGAAACGACGCCAAAGUAAAAAUGGUAUCUCAAUUUAAUAUCUCUGUCUAAUUAUGGAGCUGUUUGACAACACUCUGGCAUCUACGUUUUCGAACCCGUGGGUCUUUCUCAAACGAGCAAGCACGCAAAUAGACGAAGGCUCGCUUGAGGACGUGUGUUUUUAUGUGGAGGUUUUUACUUUGCAUGUAUGAAGGAGAAGGAGUAUAAUUCAGGUGCCCUUUACUCCCACUAGCAACACUUGUUUGGAAUUACCACUACUAUUUGCCACGACUAUUAGAAUAAAGUUGUUCAGCAUCAUACGUCCAUAUAUUUCUUCAGGUUCCCUUCUUUAGAAGCAGCUACUUUAAAUGAAAUCAUCUCUAAUCCGUACCGUCAUUCGAGGACACCAAGGAACGGAUUCCUAGUGAGAUCGAGUCAAGGUCCGGCAUCGACACGAUACUAGGGAAGUGGCUUGCCAGUACUACAUUUUUCCAUUGUAUUCACCGGAACUACCACAUACGAAAAUUAGACUCAGAUUGUCAUGGGAAAAAUCAUACUAGUUAGUUGAAGAUAUGGUUGACAAUCAUGCUUGUCCUCGUCUGAAAACAAAAGGUAUUACCGCAGGAGCCCUCAAAAAAAAACCAGGUAUACCGCAAGAGCCCUCCAUGAUCGACGACGCCGUUGACAAAGCGCAGAUGCUUUUACUCUUAUGAAGAUGGGAUCACUGACUGGUGUCAUGAGCAGUAGAUUGACUUUCAUGGUCAACAUCUGUAGAUGAUUGACUUUCAUCGACUUCUACCAUCUUGAACACUUUGUUUGAAGCAAGGUAAUAAUCUUCACUCUCACUUCCUUUCUAAACUGACAUUUCUUCACCGGAGGUAAUCAUCGUCACUAGUCUAAUAAUCUUCACUGGUUCUCCUCUAACUGCCAAAACGUUCCAGUUUAUCCGGGCUCAAGUCGCAGACCAGAUCGAACUUUUUGCGGAAAGUUUCUUCAAGUUGCCAAUGAUGCGGAGGCUGGAGGAAGACAUGGCGUCGAUUGAGCUGUCGGAUAUGGAUAAUUAUGGUGCUCGUGGAUUGUAGUGUGUAGUGAGUGUGUGCCCAGUUUUACUCAAGGAAGCAUAGUGUAAAAAGCCUAGCACCACGAAGGCCCGCACCCACCUAAACUAGCUACAGUGUAAAUUAACCACUUGGAGUUCGUGUAAAGGCGUGACAGUAUGAGGACCGGUCGUUUACCAGAGGCCGAUACAAUGCACUUACCCACUUUCACCAAAUAUGAUAUCACAACCAAUUCUUAACUUCUCCCACCUUUCCAUCCUUGAAACCUUCCAUCCUUGAACUCUCCUCCUCCUCCUCCUCCUCCUCCUCCUGUCUAUUUCCCUCUCUAAUCCCAGGAGGGUCACGCUGCCCGGCUGGAAGCUCUACAGAGAGAGCUGGACUGCGUGUCUCAAGAAUUAGAUGCGGUCGGCGAGUGCAUCGACAAGCUCCAAGCCUUCUCGCUCAAAGCCCAAAGUAAACUGCGAACCAGACAUCACGCGCGUGGGGUUUGAGUAAGUAAUCUGAGUCCUCAUUCAGGCUCGAGAAUGAAUACUCGAAGGUUCUUCUUUGAGUAAGAGGACUAUGUGGGCAUGCUGUGAUGGGCCAUUUGAGCAAGAAGACUGUGUGGGCACGUGGGGUUUGAGUCAGACCUUGUGGAGUAAGACCUUGUGGGUGAGCAGCAAUUGUGCUAGACAAUACUCGAAAGUUCAAACACGGUAUCGGCACGUGGGGUUUGAGCAAGAAGACUGUGUGCGCAAUUCAGUAUUUUGGACACUACUGGUGCUCUGUGCUGAGUGACAAGACUGAAAAGUUCAUGCUCAUUCAUAAGGGAAGUACAAUGUCCAGUUCUGAUCAAGGUUAUAAGCCCAUUUCAAAGUCGUGCAAUCCCUAACAAGACUAUGGUGCUGUGUGCAGAUCGCCUUUGUCAAUUAUCUUCCCAGAAUUAUCUUCCCAGAGUGAUGUAGUUGGAUUUCUAUCAAUCCGAAAGUA